GUGUACGCCGUGUAGUUUUUGCUUUUGAGUUGUAUGUCGUUUGACUCGUUUUAGCCUUUCGCGUGAACUGCCCUUCAUUUCGUUCGCCGGUCGAAACCUGAUCAACUUGGUCACCCGAGUAACUCCAAUGGCAACCCGUGCAUUUUCAAGACUAAAACACCCAUUUUUGGCUUCCAUACUCAUUCGGAACCUAAGGAUAGUUCCUAUUAGAGAACCUUCAUUGCCAGUAAAACCCGAAGUCUUAGCAUCAGUACCCGAUUAUUGCAAACCCUUUAGGCUAUACCAUGAUGGGAGGCCCAGAGGACCACUCUGGAGAGGCAAGAAGCUGAUUGGGAAAGAAGCGCUUUUUGUGAUAUUGGGGUUGAAGAGGUUCAAGGAUGACGAAGAGAAGCUUGAGAAAUUCAUGAAGACCCAUGUACUGAGGCUCUUGAAGAUGGAUAUUAUUGCUGUUCUCUGUGAGCUCGAGCGCCAGGAAGAGGUUGCUUUGGCUUUCAAGAUGUUCAGGGUGAUACAGAAGCAAGACUGGUACAAGCCCGAUGUCUAUCUGUAUAAGGACCUGAUUAUUGCAUUAGCGAGACGUAAACAAAUGGAUGACGCAAUGCAGUUGUGGGAAGACAUGAGAAAGGAGGACUUAUUCCCUGAUUCUCAAACAUAUACUGAAGUCAUCAGGGGCUUCUUAAAGUAUGGAUCUCCUGCAGAUGCAAUGAACAUAUACGAAGACAUGAAGAAAUCCCCAGAUCCUCCUGAUGAGUUGCCAUUCAGGAUUUUGUUGAAGGGACUUCUGCCACAUCCCUUGUUACGAAACAAAGUCAAGCAAGACUUUGAAGAGCUCUUUCCCGAGCGGCACGUGUAUGAUCCUCCAGAAGAGAUAUUUGGCAGAUGCUAAGUUUUCCUUUUUCCUUUUUUUUUUUUUUUUUAAUAUUUCCAUUUGAUAAAAUACUCCUUUACUUGUAUUUUUCUGACACCUGAAACGCCUUCUAUGAGGAUAUACAGUAAAAUAUUCAGGUAUAUGGUAUUGGAAUCCUUUAGAAAAAAUGUUUGACCGAUCGAAGAAAAGAGAAACAAUAUUUGUGUGGAAGGGAAGUUCUUGAUUACCCGUAAGUAUGCCAGGGAUCCGCACUUAGCUUUUUCAA